AUGGCGGCGGCGAUGCAGUGGUGCGGCGCGAUGACGCGACGGAUUAUGAUGGCCCAGCGAACGUCUGCAGCGCUGACUUGUUCGGAGAGGCAUUCUUCGGCGGCGGGAUCGAUGGAAGUGUGCGGGAGAGGGGAUAGUAAGACGAAGAAAGGGAAAAGGUUCAAAGGAUCUUACGGGAACUCGAGAGGGAAGAAGCAGAAGAUGAUUGAGAGAAUCAAAGACAAGCUCGAACUCCCCAGAUCCACUCCUUGGCCUCUCCCUUUCAAGCUUAUCUGAUUAUUUCAUCUCUCCCUUUUUAUUUGGGUAUAAUAAACUCGUCUUAUCUGUGUUUUUGUUUCUUACUUGUAUUGCCUAUUAUUUUCUCUCCAUUGUUGACUGCUCUAGCUUCAUUUGAUUUCAAUGUGAGGUCAUCUGCUAUAGAGUCUCAGUUGUUUGAUUUCUUUCUUGUUUAAUUGGAUUUGUCCGAUUAGAGCCUUAGCCUUGUACAUUCUUGUCUAAUUACUUUAUUGUAUGAAGAUUAUAGAACUAAACCAU